AUGGCCACGGCAGAAGGAGUCACGAUAGAGGAGCUAAGAAUCGAGAUCGAAAGGCUUUCACGGGAAUUAGAUUUAGCUUCUACGGAAAAGAUACAAUCAGCUCAAUACGGUCUCGCUUUACUCGAAGAGAAGUCCGCCUUGCAACAAAGAUGCAACGAUCUCGAGGCCCUCUACGAAAACACGAAACACGAGCUAGAAAUCACGCAAGAGGCUUUAGCAAAAUUUCAAACAACCACAAAAUUAACUACGAAAAGUGGUAUAGAACAAGAAGAGACGCUUCUUAGCGAAAGUGCUGCAAGAGAAACAUCUCUUCAGACACAGAUCAUUGAAUUGGAGAAUGAAACUAAACAGACAGAGAGGAAAUCCUUACGUACCAUGUUACGUGAAUGUAGAUUUCGAGAAGCUCGACUUCUUCAAGAUUAUUCAGAAUUGGAAGACGAGAACAUUUCAUUACAGAAACAAGUAUCCGGUUUAAGGUCCAGUCAGGUAGAAUUUGAAGGUGCCAAACAUGAAAUAAGAAGAUUGACAGAAGAAGUGGAACUUUUAAAUAGUCAAGUGGAGGAAUUGACAAAUUUAAAAAAAAUUGCUGAAAAACAAAUGGAAGAAGCACUUGAAUCUUUGCAAGCUGAGCGUGAAGCAAAGUAUGCUCUUAAAAAGGAGCUGGAUCAAAGAAUUAAUAGCGAAUCAAUUUAUAAUCUUAGCAACCUUGCACUUUCCAUUAGAGGAAUUACAGAAGAUCAAACAAUAUGUAGUGAUGGAGAAGAUGAUUCCCCUGCAUUACGUAGGAUUGAAGCAGAUUUAAAAACUCAAGAACCAGGGACUUCUGCUACCGAUAAACAAGUUGAUUUAUUUUCUGAGAUUCAUUUGAAUGAAUUGAAAAAAUUAGAGAAACAAUUAGAAUUAGCAGAAUCUGAGAAAGCUCAUCUUACGCAAAAUUUACGGGAGUCGCAAUAUGCAGUUGAAAAGAGUCAGAAUGAAUUACAGUCUUUUGUCGCGCGCAUAGUACAACUAGCAGCUCAUGUGCAGUCAUUACACCAUCUUCAUUCCAAAUUACCUGAAAAACAAACUGAGGAAACAACAUUAGAUAAAUUGAACCAAGCGAUUAUGCAGUAUCACCAAUGGAGUACUAUGUCUGCACGUGAAGUGAAUCAACUUCAAAAGGAUUUGGCUGAAUUAGAAAAUGGUUUAACUAUAUCUGAUUCAACUCAACAACUGCGUACAGAAUUAACAAACCUUAGAAACAAGUGUUCUAACAACUCGUCGUCGUUUUUGAUAACUUUAACUAUACAUAUUCCUAUGGCUACUGAUAAAUAUAUCAUGUCUCAAAUUUGUGAAAAUUAUCACGUGUUUUCACAAGCGAGUUGA